CAGAUUGUUAAUGUUUUAGAGACAUUCAACUUAUCGCGUGAAUCCCUUGAGGAAAUUGUCAACAUUCUUGUUAGUGACUUUACUAAAGGCCUCUCAGCCGAUGAACGAGUACGAGCAGAAAGCCCAGUAAAAAUGCUUCCAACCUAUGUGCGAGCAAUACCUGAUAGAACAGAAGAAGGAUCCUUUUUGGCUCUGGACUUAGGAGGUAGCAACUUCCGGGUGCUUCUGAUCACAAUUGACCAAGGCACUGUUUAUAUGGAAAGUGAAUUGUACCCACUGGAUAAAGCUUUGAUGACAAGUGAUGCUAUAACACUUUUUGAUUACAUCGCUGAUUCCAUCGCACUGUUUGUCAAGAAACAAGGAGUCGGUUCUAAACAUUUACCCCUUGGGUUUACAUUUUCAUUUCCAGUUCAACAGCUAUCAUUAACUUCAGGUUUGCUGAUUAAGUGGACCAAAGGUUUCUCUGCUGCUGGUGUAGAGAAUAAAGAUGUUGUCAAACUUCUCAGAGAGGCAAUUGUUAGAAAAGGAGUGGUGAGUCUUGUUGCUAAAAUUAACAGAAACUUUAUAUAUUUCUUAAAGGCUGUGAGUUCUUGAUUUACAUCUACCAAGGAAGUUAUUUGGUCACAAUUAAUUGUCUAGCAAAAUGUGAAUACAAUUCCACUUUAAAAGAUUGGUAUAAAAGGCUGGCUUUUGUGACAUUCACAAUGUCAGAAAAUUUAAGGGAACCUCUGCUUGAUUCUAAAGCUAAGUAUAUGUUACAGGUCAAAUUUGACGUAGAGNGAUGCUAUAACACUUUUUGAUUACAUCGCUGAUUCCAUCGCACUGUUUGUCAAGAAACAAGGAGUCGGUUCUAAACAUUUACCCCUUGGGUUUACAUUUUCAUUUCCAGUUCAACAGCUAUCAUUAACUUCAGGUUUGCUGAUUAAGUGGACCAAAGGUUUCUCUGCUGCUGGUGUAGAGAAUAAAGAUGUUGUCAAACUUCUCAGAGAGGCAAUUGUUAGAAAAGGAGUGGUGAGUCUUGUUGCUAAAAUUAACAGAAACUUUAUAUAUUUCUUAAAGGCUGUGAGUUCUUGAUUUACAUCUACCAAGGAAGUUAUUUGGUCACAAUUAAUUGUCUAGCAAAAUGUGAAUACAAUUCCACUUUAAAAGAUUGGUAUAAAAGGCUGGCUUUUGUGACAUUCACAAUGUCAGAAAAUUUAAGGGAACCUCUGCUUGAUUCUAAAGCUAAGUAUAUGUUACAGGUCAAAUUUGACGUAGAGUUAAUUUUGAUUAAACCUAAUUUGAUUCUCAGUAGCCACAGGAGACAAAGAAAAUGGAGAAUCAACCUAGGUUAAAUAAUUUUGUACAGAUAAUUUGCUAUCACUGUCUUAUGAGAGUUCUUGUAAACUUAUUAUUCAAUAAUAUUAUAAUGAUAAGAAAAGGAUAGAUAAUUCAAUGGCUACCAGAUGGUAGAAAUAUGAUUUCAUUUGCCUGUAAUCAAUAAUUAUUUAACACUACUGAGCAUGUGAAUGUCUCUAUAUACAUGUCAAGCAAAAACCCUCACCUCAAAACAACAUGCAGCCUCUAAAGUGUUAGGUACCUCAUGGUUGACCAUUGUGCAUUGGAUCAACUGCCCACUUUUGGAAGUGAGUCAGCUCAACACAAAAACUGCUGUUUUUAAUUUUCAGAAUGCAAGCGUGGAUGUUGUGGCACUUGUCAAUGACACAACGGGAACAAUGAUGUCAUGUGCAUUUAACAACCCUGAUGUCAGUGCUGGAUUGAUUCUAGGAACUGGAACAAAUGCCUGCUAUAUGGAGAGCCUUGAUAAUGUACCAAAGUGGACUGGCGAUUAUAAAGAUCCACGAGAAGUUAUUAUCAACACUGAAUGGGGAGCAUUUGGUGAUAAUGGUUCCUGGAAUCAUUUAAGAACAGCCUUUGAUGAAAAAGUGGACAGAGAGUCCAUUAAUCCUGGAAUGCAGUUGUAAGUGUUUUUUUUUUGCUUUUUUAAGUACUGUUAUCUAUUCUGUGACCAUUACAUACCUAAAAUAAAAUUGUUUUGAGUAAAAAAAAUAGGUUCUUUGUUCAAAUGAGGAAACAAGCAAAGGAAAACAAAAAGAAAGAGCCCUUAGGUGGGGGUCAUAUUAUUACAGUUUCUAUAUAAUUAUGUCACCCUGCAAACAGAGCCACUUUUUCACUUUUUUCAAUCAAGGUCGAGAAAAUGAUGCUCUGCCUAAAUCUCAGCAAGCCUUUUAAGAUGCCACAGUCCAAACUUUUGGACCAGUUAAUUUUGUUUCUCUCAACAAACAUUUUUUUUUUAGUUCGAGCAUCCGUUUAUCGAUAAACCGAUUAUCAUUUGUUGUGAUAAAGCUACAGUUUAAAGAUUAAAACAACUGAGACAAAAAAAUGCACUGUUUUACAAAUUCUACCAGUGAUCCAGAGAUAUCAAUUAAAGAGUUCAUCAUGUUUAUGGCAGUUGAGAACAAACAUCAGAUUCAAGUUGACAAGUUCUCAAAUUAGGAAAUGAGCAGAUAAACAUUUUUUCACAAUUCUUAACAAUAAACCCUGUCAUGAAACUUGCUAAUAGUUUUGUGCAAUGUGUAUAAUGUCAAGAGAGAAUUAUGGGAGAGAGAGGUAAACACCCGGUCUAGCCCUUGGGAUAUGCGAGUUUCACUAAAGUUAUUCUUAGACCAAUUAAACCCUUGAAAUUAAUUGGAAGCUGGUUUCUGGAGAGUUUUUUCAGUGUUAUCAAGAGAGUAUAAUUAGCCAUUAUGCCCUCAUGACUGUUUCAGAUCAAUAUUGACUAUAAAUUUUGCUAUAAAUAGGAUUCGUAAUCUCUCUAAUAAUCAAGUUAAUAAUCAGCGUGCAAAGAAAGCCCAGGGCUAGUGGAUUUUGGUUUCGGGCUAGUGAAUUCUGUUCUUAACUUGCCCAACAGGCAAGUGAAUUUUUUGGGGAAAUUCAAAUUACAGAAGGAUUGUAAUCAAACCUGCUAAUCAAAAAGGGUUUUGGGGCUAGUUGAAAUGACUUGUGGGCUAGUACAUGCUAGCUACAGCUUGCCCAAAUGGCAGGCUGUAAAACUGACUUUCUUUGCACCCAGAUAAUACUUAAGUGUGUCACAUUUGUUUCACUUUUAUUUUGUCAGUUAUGAGGUCCUCUAAGGGGGAAUGUGUUACAGGUCAAAACUAAAUUCAGGUUAAAAUUUUUUAACCUAGGUUAAAAAAUUUCAACCUGAAUUUAAUGUUGACCUGUAACAGAUUAUGUAGAGUGCAUAAUUAUUGUCCCUAGUCUGAAUUUUAAAUGUUGUUGUUCUGCGUGUUGUUGCUCUCUGUACACCUGUAUUUUAUUAUUGUAUUUGUGAUUUGCCCAAUGCUNAGAGUUUUUUCAGUGUUAUCAAGAGAGUAUAAUUAGCCAUUAUGCCCUCAUGACUGUUUCAGAUCAAUAUUGACUAUAAAUUUUGCUAUAAAUAGGAUUCGUAAUCUCUCUAAUAAUCAAGUUAAUAAUCAGCGUGCAAAGAAAGCCCAGGGCUAGUGGAUUUUGGUUUCGGGCUAGUGAAUUCUGUUCUUAACUUGCCCAACAGGCAAGUGAAUUUUUUGGGGAAAUUCAAAUUACAGAAGGAUUGUAAUCAAACCUGCUAAUCAAAAAGGGUUUUGGGGCUAGUUGAAAUGACUUGUGGGCUAGUACAUGCUAGCUACAGCUUGCCCAAAUGGCAGGCUGUAAAACUGACUUUCUUUGCACCCAGAUAAUACUUAAGUGUGUCACAUUUGUUUCACUUUUAUUUUGUCAGUUAUGAGGUCCUCUAAGGGGGAAUGUGUUACAGGUCAAAACUAAAUUCAGGUUAAAAUUUUUUAACCUAGGUUAAAAAAUUUCAACCUGAAUUUAAUGUUGACCUGUAACAGAUUAUGUAGAGUGCAUAAUUAUUGUCCCUAGUCUGAAUUUUAAAUGUUGUUGUUCUGCGUGUUGUUGCUCUCUGUACACCUGUAUUUUAUUAUUGUAUUUGUGAUUUGCCCAAUGCUGCACAUAAGCAGGCUCAACGCAUGUUUAUGUUGUUUGUCGCCAUGUGAUCUGUCGUAUGUGCCAGUUUCAAGGCCAUGUCACUUGUCAGGCCUCAGUUAAGCUAAUUAUCAUGCACAUGGUAAACACAUGAUUUCCAUAUGACCUGCAUGUGAAAUGUUGUGUAUUUAUUUUGUCAGUCAUUGAUACAGUCUGUGACAUGCACAUGGUAAACACAUGAUCUGCAUGCAACUUGCAUGUGAAAACUCCUGGGUAUUUUUCUUGUAGUCAAAUACCAUCCUUGACGUAAGAAAAAACAGUAUUAUAGAUGCACUUUACUGUUUUGUCAAAAAUAAAUUUUUGUAAUACCUGUAAAAGCAUUUUACAAAGAGAUGCAUCACCAGUCAGACAUCAGUUGAGAGCUGCAAUUCAUGGUUAGACUCUUAGGGCGCUUUACAUUUGUCAGAACUGGCUGGCCAGACCAGUCAGUUAGCAAAUGAAAUGGGCUUUUUCCAGCGGGUUUUGCUAAAAAACUAUCUCCUUCGUGCAUACUGUUUAGGAUUUGACUGAUCUGGUUCGAUAGUUUUGAUUAAAAAUGACGAGAAUAGUCUGGCCGGUCAGUUCUGGCAAAUGGAAAGCGCCCUUAGAGAGAAGUGUUAUGUUCACUCUUGAGACUUUGCGAGCUACCAGCCCACCAUCUCAUCACCUGUAAUUUUUGUUACUCCAUUCAGAUUUGAGAAGAUGAUAUCUGGAAUGUACCUUGGUGAAAUCGCCAGAGUUGUUUGUAUGGAGCUUAUUAUGAACAAACUCCUUUUUAAUGGCCAGCCUGGGAAGUUCAGUACAAAAGACAGCUUUCAAACCAAGUUUGUUUCAGAUAUUGAAAGGUAAGGUGAAAAGAAGAAAACUGGUGAUGUAAAUCAAUUUUUCCAUUUAUUAAUCUGAUCUUAUCUGAGAAAAAUCAAGGAGUAAAAUUCCCACAAAAAUGGACUCUGUUAAAAUGAAAUUAAUAGGUGUAAUCAAAUGGCAAACUCGUGAAAUUAUUCCCUAAUUUUACUUGUCACCAUUUGAUUACAUUAUACUAAUGAUCAUCAAAUUUUUUUUUCCAAAGAAAUACCCAUACAAAUUCUCAUUCAUGUUUUUGUAACAUUUUUUUAACAGCCAUGACAGAUACAAGAUUGAUCAGGUCAUAAAUGAAAUGGGAGUGAAUGCAUCUGAGUCUGAUAUUGAGAUAUUAAAACAAGUUUGCACCGCUGUUUCCAUCAGAGCUGCCAGGCUAGCUGCUGCAGGAAUUGCUGGAAUUGUCAAGGUAUAAUUAUGUUAAUCUUCAUUGUACCAAUUAAUGUAAAUUAUUUUGUGUCAAAGUCAUUGAUGAGAAAGAGAGUGUUAGACGCUACAAUGGAGAAAAUCGUUGGAACCGUUACUGAAAACCUUCCUUCAUCAGCGCUAACAAAUCAAAUAUGCAAGUGUACCAUAGUAUCCACUUUUGAUAUAGUUUGGAUGCCUGGAAUGGCCCUCCCCUCCCCUCCCCCUCUAAACAAUGUUGGGAUAAAUGUUCUAGAUUUUUUUUUUCUCAGGUAAUUUUUGCUUUUCUUUUGUUUUUGGUUGUGGUAAUGUAUGCUAAUGAAGUCGAAACAAAGGAAAAAUAAAAAUUUCCUGAGAUAAAAAAUUAACUACAACAUAAACACUUUUCAGUGUACAGGGUGCACAAAAUACAACUUUGUUUGUUUGUUUGUUUGUUUUUUUAUUCUAUUACACUGAUCAUUUAAAUUUGCAGAAUUAAAUAUAUUGCCAAAAAGUUAAUCUUUUGCCAUAUCUGUCUCCUUAAUGUACAACUGCAUAUAGCGAUUACGGAACAUGCUAUCAGGAAAAAAUAUGCUGGUACUUCUUUUUUGUUGCUGUAUAUAGUAAAGAAUUUUUUUUCCGUUAGUUAAAUACACAUUUAAGCUGUCAAUACGAUUCAUUGUAAUUUAGUAGUUUAAACCCAAUGUUUUUAUUUUUUCAAAAAACAGAAAACAAGGAACUAUACCACUACUAUUGCUGUUGAUGGCAGCCUGUUUAAGAAGCAUCCAAAGUUUAAGGGGUACAUGGAGGAAACACUAAGAGACAUUUUACCAAAAGGCAAUGUUACUCUUAUGCUGUCCGAGGAUGGUUCUGGAAAAGGGGCAGCACUUGUUGCCGCAGUUGCAUCCAAAAAAUAUUAA